AGAACAUAGAUUGCUUUACCUUCUCUUUUCAAUCUUCAUAUCUGAUAAGUCCGUUGGUGUUCCUGAGCAUGAGUGUCAACAUGAAACCUUCCCACUUGCUUCUCAUAUUUUUGUUCUUUCUAGGCUUCCUAACUACCACAACAGCAAGAUCGUGCCUUGCUGUCGAGAGAGAUGCGCUAUUUGCAUUCGGAGCUGGGAUGAACGGUGCGCUUAAAAGAAUGUCUUCUUGGGAAGAAGAAGAAGACUGCUGCAAGUGGGAGGGAGUUGUCUGCCACCCCACAACCCGUCAUGUGGUGAAGCUCAAGCUCAGUGAACGCAUUCAACAACAUCACCGGGGCCAGGAACCUCACCAAGCUACGCUACCUUGAUUUAGAUGCAGCUCUAGAUUAUGGACAACAACAUAUUGACAAUCUUGAUUGGCUCACCAAUCUUUCUUCUCUUAAACAUUUGGACAUCAGUAGGUUGCCACUCACCAAUUUAACUGACUGGCUCUUGCCAUCCAGCUUGCAGGGGUCUCUCAAUGCAUUGAUAAUGCGCGACUGCGACCUUAAAGUCAUCCCGGUGUCUUCAUCCAAUGUUAACUUCACCUCUCUUGAGAUCCUUGACAUCUACGGUAAUAAUUUCAAUUCCACGUUUCCCCAAUGGGUGUGGAAUGUUAGUAGCCUUACACAUCUGGAUCUUGGUUCUUCUGGAUUCUAUGGCACAAUUCCUGAAGCCAUCGGAGGUUUAACCUCUCUUACUUACCUUGAUUUAUCCAAUAAUUCCAAUGUCAAGGGAGCUAUACCCAGAUCAAUAGCACAUCUGCAGAGAUUGGAAUUACUGAGUUUGCAGGGCAAUCGACUGAGUGGAAGUUUGGCCAAUUGGAUCGUGCAUUUGACUAGUCUUACACUUGCAGAUUUGUGUGAUAAUACUCUUAAUGGCUCAAUACCUACAGGGAUCGGGAAGCUUUCUAAUCUCACCUCUUUGUAUCUCUGUGGUAAUCAACUCCAAGGCAGUGUAUCAGAGGUCCACUUUGAAAACCUAACGAGAUUAGAAGAUCUGGACUUGUCUUAUAACAACCUGAAGAUAUCUUUUGAUCCCAACUGGGUUCCUCCUUAUCAACUUGCUAGUGUUCAACUGAUGAGAUGUGAAAUAGGGCCUGAGAUUCCUAGAUGGUUACAAUUACAAACAAGAAUAGAAAUCUUGGAUUUGUCUGACAAUCAAAUUGCAGGAACAUUGCCUAGUUGGUUAUGGAAUCUGUCAUCUUCAACUCUUCAAUUUUUGUACCCGUCUAGCAACCAAAUUAAAGGUAAACUGCCGACAUUUUUGGAGGUUAGCAGACUGCAGGAGUUAAGGCUCGACACUAACCAACUGGAAGGCCAACUGGAUGAUUUUUUUUCCUACAAUGAUUCCUCCACACAAUUAGAGUCCUCGACACAGUCUGAUGUGGUUUUAUUGUCUCUUGCAAACAAUUUCCUGGAAGGUGGCAUACCAUUGUCCAUUUGCAAUUGGACACGUCUCCUUUUUCUUCACUUAUCAAACAACAGUUUGACUAGAGAAAUUCCUUAUUGCUUAGGGGAAUCACUGAAAGAGCUUGAGACAUUGAAUUUGGCCUGCAAUCAUUUGUUUGGAGAAAUUCCAAGAACAAUUGGGUUCAUGAAGAAACUUGGUCGACUAGCGCUGAAUAAUAAUGGUUUUUCUGGUCAAUUACCUUCCUCAUUGCAAAAUUGCACAAAUUUAUUUUAUCUUGAUCUGGCUUAUAAUGCAUUUGCUGGCAGCUUACCAGCGUGGAUGGGAGAAAGUUUACAGAGGUUACAAGUACUUCAUCUUGGUUUUAAUAAUUUUUCUGGAAACAUCCCACAGCAACUUACACAACUUGAAGAACUUGAAAUAUUGAAUCUUUCAAACAACUCCUUCUCGGGAUCCUUACCCUUUUGCAUGGGUAAUUUUACUGCUAUGGCAUUGACAUCACAAUAUUGGUAUACAAAUCGUAAUGGUCUAUUUUUAACUACAAAGGGGCACUAUAUUCAUGGUACUCCGUAUUCACAUUAUGUUGAUCUUGUUAUAUCAACGAAGGGGCAAAACCUUCAUUAUCCCUAUGAUUCAGAACUAACCAAAAGUUUAGAUUUUUCUGGAAAUAGCUUAAUAGGAGAGAUCCCUCGAGGAAUUGGACGUCUUAAAGGGUUGCAUAAUUUAAACUUGGCUAGAAAUCAUCUUAGUGGCAGAAUUCCUGAAGAAAUAGGUGAGAUGGAGUCAUUGGAAUCUCUUGACCUGUCAGUGAACGAACUCUCUGGUAAUAUUCCGAAUAGCUUGGCGAACUUGAACUUCCUGAGCUAUAUAAAUCUGUCAUAUAACAAUCUAGUGGGAAGGAUACCAUCCGGUCAUCAACUUCAAACUCUCAAUGAUACUUCUAGCUAUAUGGGCAAUCCUGGGCUCUGUGGGCCACCACUUUCCAUUGACUGUUCAGUGGAUGCAACUGUUCAUGAAGUUCAUAAAAUGAAAGAUUUUGAAUGGAUCUGGCUUUUUAUUCCCAUGAUGGUUGGAUUUGUGAUGGGAUUCUGGACCUUCUGUGGCUUCCUCUUCUUCAAGACAGAAUGGAGAUACGCAUACUUCCGUGGAAUCGAUAGCUACUAUGAUCGAAUUUUGUUGCAACUGCAUCUCUGUCUUGCUCGGUUAAACAGACAAGACUAAUCUGAUUACUGCAAAACAGCGAAAUAAAAUAUAGUAAUGAAUAACGAUGAUUUCUUGCGUUGUAUCUCAGUUGGAGUGAGAAGAUUAGAUAUCUAGAUUCAUGUAAUGUUUUCCUUUAUGGAAGUUAUGUAAAUAUGGCAUGUUAAUGCGUGAACUGUGAGUA